AAGGGGCGGGGCGUACGUGUUCUUUUCCCGAUCAGAGCGAUUCCUGCUUUAUUUGGAUUAGUCAGUUAGCAUUAGUUCUGGAGUCUGUGGAAGAUUUACUCUGUGACAUGGACACGAACAACAUCGGAGUGGUUCGGAUGAACUCGGAUUAACUCGAAUCUGUGCUUCAACACACAACUUACAGUUCACAUUAAUAUUAAUAAUCAUUCAGGGAGUGGUAGCGCGUCGCGCGCUGAUAUAAACACGCUAACAGGCUAACUAUCUGCACUGAGAUACUAAAGAACAUGGAGUUCAGUGUGAGGAGACUGGCGGCGGACGCUGGAACUUUCCUCAGCCGUGCUGUUCAGUUUACGGAGGAGAAACUGGGCCAGGCGGAGAAAACCGAGUUAGACGCUCACCUGGAGAACCUUCUGCUCAAAUCCGAGUCAACAAAACACUGGACAGAGAGAAUCCUGAAGCAGACGGAGGUGUUACUGCAGCCCAAUCCCAACAUGAGGAUGGAGGAGUUUCUGUACGAGAAGCUGGACAGGAAAAUCCCGACACGUGUCAACAACCACGAGCUGCUGGGGGAGUGCAUGAUUGACGCAGGCCACGAGCUCGGGCCCGGAACUGCAUACGGUAGUGCUCUGAUUAAAUGUGGAGAGGUGGAGAAGCAGCUUGGCAGCUCUGAGCGAGAGUUCCUCCAGAGCUCAGCCAUCAACUUCCUUACACCCUUCAGGAACUUCAUCGAUGGAGAUUAUAAAACCAUCUUGAAGGAGCGUAAGCUGCUGCAGGUGAAACGCCUUGACUUGGAUGCGGCAAAAACACGAUUAAAGAAAGCUCGAGUAGCGGAUGCUCGCUCUGUGGGGUUUAGCUCCGCCCCCUCGUCAGGAGAGGAGUACGUGUUUUCUUACAUGAUCUCCUUCUUGCAUGUCAAAUGGCUGAAGUUCUGGGCUCAGGCCAUCCAGCAGGCAGAGAUGGAGCUGAGGAUUGCUCAGAGUGAGUUUGAUCGGCAGGCAGAGAUCACCAGGUUACUGCUGGAGGGAAUCAGCAGCACUCAUGCUCAUCACCUGAGGUGUCUGAAUGAUUUUGUCGACGCUCAGGCUGUGUAUUAUGCUCAGUGUUAUCAGUACAUGGUCAGUCUACAAAAACAGCUUGGCAGUUUUCCUACAACUUUUUCCUCCAAUAAUAAUCAGUCUGCUGUCUCAUCCGCUGGAAUUUCUGCCCCCGCAACCUUGACUACAACCUUGACCCCGACUCCCGCUGUGACCCCGGGUCAGAGUUCACCGAGCCUAAACGAGCUGCGUAAUUCUUGCGGCCCAAGGCAAGCGCGCGUGCUCUAUGACUACGACGCUGCAUGCAGCAGCGAGCUCUCCCUACUGGCUGAUGAGGUGAUCACAGUGAGCAGCAAGCCGGGGAUGGAUUCUGAUUGGCUGAUGGGGGAGAGAGGACAUCAGAAAGGCAAAGUUCCAAUCACCUACCUGGAGCUUCUCAACUGAGAUAGAACACACACACACUCACACACACACACACACACACACACACCCAGCCUGUUUGUCAUUUUCAGUAUUUGUGCCUUUUUAACUCUUAGGGUUACUCUCUUAAUGUGCCAUUUAAGUUAAUUUUAUACUCCGUGUGUGUGUGUGUGUGUGUGUGUGUGUGUGUGUGACUGAUCCCCAGGGUUGUGACCUGUUUUAAUGCUUUAUAUCUGUACCAGGUGUUUAUGCCAAAUGUAAUAUUACUGUGUGUGUUGGUGUGAGAGGACAUUAUUAUUAUGAUUGUAAAACACACCCUUGGUCAUAACAAUAUUAAAGUAAUUAGAACAGAACGAACACUGCAGAUUUGUGUUUAAACUGUGAAUAUAAAGAAAAUCCUUACAACACA